AUGAGGGCGGCCCAGUCGGAGGUCCGCCGCGAGCGCCUGUCGGCCGCCGCCGCGCGCCGCGAGCGCGAGUCGGCGCUGCGCGCGCUCAAGGCUGCCCAGGCCGCGCUCGAGGAAGCCGAGGGGCAGCUGCCGCAGCUGCGGGUGGAGAUCGAGCUGGUGACUAAGGACAAGGUGGCGGCGGGGGACACGGCGGGGGCGCUUGGGGGAGAGAUUGCCGUGCUGAAGAAAGAGGUGGAUCUCAAAAUCGCAGCCUUCAUGGAGGAGGAGUCCUGCGGCAAGGACAAGGCGGCGCUGUACGGUCUCCUGCGCCAGGAGGUGCGCUGA